AUGGGCGUGCGGCGGGCGCGGAGCGCCGGUGCGGUGGACAAGGACCGUCGCAGCGUCGUCGAGUUGCGCGAAAUCCCGCUCGAGGUGAAGAUGAAGCUUUGGCCUGCGCUCGAGGAGCACGAGCAGAUUCGCAACGAGCGCAUCAAGCAGCGUGCGGCGGAUCGUCUAAAGGACAUGCAGAAGGAGGAGGCACGACGCGCAGCUCUUCUGGACGGCGCACAACAACUCCAGCAGGGUGGAGUGGCUUUCGUCCCACUCCAACAGCAGCAGCAGCAGCAGCAGCAGCCACAGCAGCAGCCACACGUAGGCCCUCUGCCGCCGCCUAUUGUGCCAGUGGGCGGGCCAAUUGUUGCCCCGGCUGUGCCGCAGCUGACAGUCUCUGGCACUUCUGCUGUAACUGCGUCUGCUGCCACAACUGUUGCUGUUUCCGCAAUUCCUGCUGCAUCUGCCGUGCCCGCUCAACCCCCACUAUUGACACCACCUGCGGUGCUAUCAGCCACGACGCCAACUGGCAUCGCGGCUGUGGUUCCUGUCGCACUUCAGCAGCAGCAGGAGCAGUCGCCUGGUGCUGCUGCCCAGUCUGAGGUGAAGCGUGGUAAAGCCCAAGAGGAGGAAAAGUACAAUCGCAACCUUACCUUCAAGCCAAGGAUACGUGACGGCGUGCCAAACUUCGAAGCCAUGUGGGCGGAGGAUCGCCUCGCUCUGGCGGAGCGUAGGCGCAAGCGGCAGCCCACAUCGGUACAACCAUUCAGUCUAACAGUCUCAGCGAAGGAUACUAUUGUCAGGGGACGUUCAGCGUUGCUACAGCGACGUGCUAUGUCCGCAGCGACAAAACGGACACCACAGCGGUGCAGGACUGCCACGAAGGAGACGCAAGCACUACGCUCCGCCUCGCGUCAGAACGAACAGAAAAAGAAGGUUGUGCCCAAAGGGACACGCGCACAUGCUAUGCGCACACAGGCGGUGUUCAGCAAGUACCUCAGUGCGUCAGAGGAGCAGAGUAAACGAGAUGAACUGGUCGAGCUGCAGGAGGCGUACAAGCGACAGAAGGCAGUGAACGCAAGGCUGAAGGAAUGCUUAAAGGACAUUCGCGGCAAUACAGAUGUUGUCAUUAAAGAAAAGGUCCGGGCUCUGCGUCAACGGAACCGAGAGUUGGAGCAGGAGGCUGCAGAGCGGCUGGAGCAGAUGCGGAUGCGUGUGGCACAGAUGCCACCCAUUUUUGUGGAGCCUACACACCUGCACGACAUUGCAAAGGCGCGCGCAGAGACGGAGCGGGAGAUCAUGCGGAUGCUGAAGGAGAGCGGUGUGGACGGUAGCACGCUGGCCGCUAUCCUCGGAGGCGCCAGUAGUGACAACGCUGCUGCUGGUUCUGGUGUUGUUCCCGCAAUAGAGGCCGCGAAAAUAACGACCGAUGAUGGGGGUGAUAGGGCUUCCAAAGGGAAGAAGGAUGAUAAGGAACAGACAGGCGAGGGCACCCCUGCGGCUACGGCUGUGAAGAAACAAGAGCGUAAAGCAAGUAUCCACUCUGAAAGUGACAGUAGCAGUAGCAGUAGCAGCAGUAGCAGUAGCAGCAGCAGCAGCAGCAGUAGGAGCGAUAAAAGCAGCGGCAGUGGCAAAAGUAAAGAAAAAGGGAGCUACGACGAUGAUUUCGAGAGCAGCUCUGUUUCAUCAGCAUCGUCCUCGUGA